CAAAAGGCAGCCUACAACACCUCCGCGGAUGGGCGUUUUUGGGAACGCUCGAAGCAUUAACGUUAAAUUACCACAUUGCUCGUCUAUCAACACUUCCUCCAUGUGAAGCACGGGACCUGCGUGCUCAGCUGGAUUGGUCCAUCCCAAUGUCUGCUACAAUGUCAGUCCGCUACAUUCUUCCCCUUUCUCAAAACGCUAGCUAGCCGUCGUAGGACGGACGCUAACGUCACUUACACCACAGCGAGAAGAGAGAUAAGAAAGAUUUCUGACUUGCAGUGUUAAGCAACACGUUCAGGCACCAAUUCCCCCUGAGGUUCCCAUCUGAUGUCAGUCUUUGUGAAGAGGCACCAUGUUUCCUUGUCACGUAACCCCCUGGCCCUCUGCUGAGCCGCCGCCCUCCUGCGGCAGUCAUGCACCCCCAGCACAGCCCUCACAACCCCUGCCUGAUCUGCUGUGCAGCUGUCCCGCUCCACCUUUGAACACCCACUCUGAGACACCCUCCCCAGACCCCAUGGAAUCCCUCAUCGUGGUCACGGAGUACGAACCCAGCAGACCACCUGGAGAGGCUGGGGAAGAGGAGGAGCUAGAAGAAAUGGACAGUUCUGAGACCCCUGAGCCAGCUUCCUUUGUAGCGGCACCUUUCCGGACUCCUUCAUGCGACCUGCUGUCCCACACAGUUGGCCGGCCAGAGGUUCUGCUACCCGAAAGCCAGGAGCAAAGGGGAAGAUUAAGCCUGUCAGACAGGAAACUUUCUCUGCAGGAGCGCUCCCAAACGGCAGCAUCACCCUGCAGCUCUCCGGGACUCACAGGGCGCUAUAUUUACCCGUCAUUACCCUACUCGCCCAUCACAUCACCCCACUCCUCACCACGUUUGCCUCGCCGGCCCACUGUGGAGUCCCACAGUGUUUCCAUCACAGACCUCCAGGAUUGUGUUCAACUCAACCAGUACAAGCUGAAAGAUGAGAUUGGAAAGGGCUCCUACGGUGUUGUCAAGCUGGCUUAUAAUGAGGAUGACAACACAUACUAUGCGAUGAAGGUGUUGUCCAAGAAGAGGCUGAUGAGGCAGGCAGGUUUCCCACGGAGACCUCCCCCUCGUGGAGCCAAAGAAGCCCCUGAGGGUCCCCCUCAGCCCAAAGGGCCGCUGGAGCGGGUCUAUCAAGAGAUUGCCAUCCUGAAAAAGCUGGACCAUCCUAAUGUGGUGAAACUAGUAGAGGUUUUGGAUGACCCCAGCGAGGACCAUCUGUACAUGGUUUUUGAGCUGGUCAAGCAAGGGGCUGUAAUGGAGGUGCCGACAGAUAAACCUUUCAGCGAGGACCAGUCACGCUUUUACUUCCAAGAUCUGCUCAGGGGAAUCGAGUAUUUACAUUACCAGAGGAUCAUCCACAGAGACAUCAAACCCUCUAACCUGUUGGUGGGAGAAGAUGGACACAUUAAGAUAGCAGACUUUGGAGUCAGUAACCAGUUUGAAGGGGCUGAUGCCCUCCUGACCAGCACAGUGGGAACACCUGCCUUCCUUGGCCCUGAAGCGCUGUCUGAGACCAGAAAGAACUUUUCUGGAAAGGCUUUGGACAUAUGGGCCAUGGGAGUGACACUUUAUUGCUUCAUCUUUGGAGUGUGUCCAUUUAUGGAUGAGCGCAUCCUCAGUCUUCAUCAGAAAAUCAAGACACAACCUGUGGAGUUACCUGAACAUGCUGACAUCUCAGAUGAUCUCAAAGAUUUGUUGCUGAAAAUGCUGGACAAGAAUCCAGAGACCAGGAUAUCAAUCCCACAGAUUAAGGUGCACCCGUGGGUGACGAGACACGGUGCAGAGCCUCUUCCUCCAGAGGAUGACAACUGUUGUAUGCUGAUUGAGGUAACCGAGGAGGAGGUAGAGAAUUCUGUUAAACACAUCCCCAGCCUGGCUACAGUGAUCAUGGUGAGAACUAUGCUGAGGAAGCGCUCCUUUGGGAAUCCUUUUGAUUGGGGCCGUAAAGAGGACCGCAGCAGCUUGUGUGCUCCAGGUCAAACGUUCACGAAAGGCAGAGCAGGCAGUGUGAGAUACUGCUACAUUCAUUGUAACCAAAGAAGGAAACAGGAGAGUGGUGAUGGCAUGAGGAGUAUGGACCUGCCCUACGUGGGAGAGGAUGAGGCUCUUUCCUGAUGCAGAGGGUUUAUUAUGCACACUGGUAUCAGUCUGCCUGCAACCACACAGCACGACACCCCCUUUACUCACAGUUUCAUACUGGCAGCCUAUACCUGUGUACAUUUCCUGGGCGGUGGACAAGUGUGGCGGACGCAGAAAAAAAGGAGAAAUUAAGGAUCUAAGGCACUUUGAGAACAUUUUCAGCUUUUAAUCCAUUUUCUCCUCUUAAAAAGGCUCAGUUUGGGGUUGUGGGACUUCAGACUGUCACUGGGAACCUUCUUGAACCUUGAACCUGUCUUUCGUCCUUAUUGCCCAACCCAUUCUGCACCUCUUAUCCUGCAUGCAUUUAUAGUCCCAGCAUGCUUCGUCUCAGGCUUCAACUGUACUCUUUCGUGUUUUAUUGUAGUUCAGCCACUUGUGUUUUUUCAACGAUUUCAGGUAUACAGGGCAUGGGAACAGGCGAUGGUGAAGGUUUAUGGGGAGGGAUGGUUGUCUUCACCAUCACCUCGACAUUCUCUUUAGAGCAGGUUUCUUGACAAUGAUUGUCUGGUUCACUCUGCAGAGUAGCAGUGCCCAGUUUUGUAACAUAUUUUAGAGUGAAUAAUCUGUACAAUUUCCCCCGAAAUGAAAAAAGGGAGUGAAAAAAUGUUUACUUCAUUGAAUGCAUGUGUUUACUUUCCCAAUGCAAACACUAUAUAAGCUAUUUUAAACAUUUGCACGCUCAUAGACACACCUGUUUGUUUGUUUUUUAGUCUUUUAGUCUUUCAUCAUUGGCUCUUUAUUAAGGCUCCCAUUUACUGAAAUACUAUCAAUAGAAAGCUUUAACAGUUGGUAUAAUGCUUUGUGAGCAAUGGGAUUUUCUUGCUUCUGCAAAGCUAAUGCUUUUAGCAAAGCUUUUUUUAGUGAUGAUAUGAUUUUUUUAGGUGUUUGCUAUAUAUUUUUAAAUUCAUCAAAGUGCUGAUCUACCAAAUGUAUAUGAGAAAAACGAUGUGUUGGUGCAAAAUGAUUCUGUAGCCAUUGUCUGUGUUUUUUUAAUUGUUUAAACUACAAAUCACUUCUCUCCAGUUGUUUGGACAAACAAGCUUGUGUGUUGUGAUACCGAGGAAGAGAGUUUCACAUUUUUCAGCCGUGUCCAGUUAAAUUUGUGAAUGUUCUUGUUUUAUUUGUUUCGUAUUGAUAAGAAUGACUGAUUUAAAACCGCACAUUUCAGGACACCAAAAACGUCAAUUAUGUCUGAUUUUGUAAAGGAUAGUACGCUAACUUAAAGAAAACAAACCUUUAAACUAUUUGUUCUUUAUUGAGCUAUUAGAGCUGGCAACCGAAGUACGUUUUGAGAUGGAAGCAUAGUGCAGCUGCAGACUUUUUGUACAAAUCUAUGCAUGACAUACCUGUAGUCAUUGUGUUGGACUUAAAAACCGUUGUCAUCUUUGGUCGGAGGAGUAGGCCACACUGCAAAUAUUGCAAAUGAAUUAGUUCUUUCUUUCUUUAUUGAUAUUUAUUGAUGAGUUUCAUUUUAGAUGAUCCCAAAGCAGUAUAUUAGGAGAUAUGUUAGGAUAUAUAUAUGAAUUUUCCACUUGUGUUCCUUUUGUUUUCAUUUGUUUCUUAUAUUUUCUCAAAUAUGUUAGUGUAGGUAUAAAGUCACAGUAUUUAUAACAUUUAAUGCUUCCACACACUCAUUACUUCAGCACUUAAGCGUUGAAUGUUCAAGAAAGGGACUUUGUUUUGUGUUUUUUUACUUAUGACUUGCAUGUCACUCUGAACUGUACAAAACUGUAUGUGUGUUUUUUAAGACUAGUACUAUGCAUAUGAGUGUGUAUUUCUCUGUAUGGUGCAAUGGGCUGGAUGAGGAGGGCUGUAUGUGGUUGUCUGAUUGUAAUUUCUUUUUGCUUACCUGAUGUUUUAUCCAGAAAUAAUAAAUUAAGUGGUGCUCUCCACUGUGGAGUGCUGCAAAAUAGAGACAGGCACUAUGGGUUUAGAUUUUCAAAAUAUUACUGUACUGUACUUUUGAAGGGUACAUUUUUUUUUGUUUUUAACUCAAUGAUAGCCAUUAGCCAAUGAUCUUUAAAUGCCCACGAUUUAGUCAGAAAACGAAUUGCAGAAAUGUCUCAAUUUGUGUCAUACUGUGAAAUGUCGCCUCAUUUAAACAUGCUUUCCACACAUUUAUGAGAGAUUUUACCUUCUGUCAUGCUGUAAGUUGUAUAGACUAUUGUUAUCUAAGAUAAAGUUUUUAAUUGAGCAAAACAAGGAUGAACUGAAGGACAGUUUGGGUCUGAAUGCAGGGUGACAGCACAGAAAAACACAGAAAAGCUGUAAGAAAAAAAUUUUAUAUAUACAAUAUUUAAAUCUGUAGUUGCAAUGCAGUCUGUGCCCAUUCUUGUCAGAAGAGCCAGGCUAAGUGAUUAAUCUUUAUUGUUGACAUGAUUUUGCAUCCAGUAGUGUAAAUUUAUUUCAUUAAGAGCUUUAGGGGCUCUUUUCCCCUAAAUGCAUGCCAACAUACUGAACACAUACCACUGUAUUGUCAUAGCAUGCGAGGUCCUUGAAAAACAAAAUAGGAUCUUUGAAUUCACUAUACAUACUGUAUCUUGUUCAUCAUUGGAAUAAAAUAUUAUUGCCUUUCUGUAA